ACGGAUUUGGUUGUUCUUCGGAAUUGGAAUAUUGAAAUUUCGCACAGCUCGCGUAUACAGCAUAUUCUCUUUACGUCGCGUUCUUCGUCUUCCGUGUGUUUGGUGUGUGUUUUUGUUAUUGCCGUCGUAUUUUUUUCGGGUGUAUAUUUAACAAACGUUACAAUUACAUUUUUUUUUCACGUGUGUUAUUUACUGUUAUACUACUGCCAGUGUACUUUCGGUACUCUUGGUACUUGGUACACAAAUAACAAAGUCAAACAAAUAAAGCAAGUUAAAGAGGACACCGAAAACAAAAAUAAAUACAAAAAACGAGCUUGCAUUUGUUGUUGUUGUUGUCGCGCAGCAUGUGGAGUUACAGUUAACUGUAACAGUUAAAGGGGAGCAGAGAAGGUGGUGCAGAAGGAGGAGUGGGAGAAGGAGGGGAGACAAAAGAGCCUGUGGAGAGGACAGGAGAGGAGAGGAGAAGGAGGAGGAGAGGAUUCACUGCUCCGCUUCACUAAAUGCAGUCGACGCUGCGAUUAUUAUGUGCCAGCCCCAACAGCAGCAACAACAACCACACUUGAUACGAAAAUAAACAAACAAAAUCAAUCAAUUAAUCAAUCUGCUGAGCACACCGCUCUCCACGCCCACACACAAACACACACACGCGCAAAAACACACAACAAAACACACACGAGUCAACGCCCACGCCCAUUGGAGAAAAGGAGGGAGUGGCAGGACAACAACAAGAAAGGAGGAGAAAGGAGCAGAGAACAAGAGCAACCAACCAGGCGAAAAGAGGACGAAAACGAGAACGAAAACGUAGCCGAAGACACAACAUGUUCAACUCACUUGUUUUGAUGGCCUGCGCCCUUGCCGCCUUCUCCUACGCCCAGGAGGCGGGGCCCGCUCGAUCCAAAUCGCUAUCGUUAUCGCUAUCGGCAUCGGUAUCGAGUCCUGGAGCGGAUCCAACAUCCCCCGCCCCAGCCCCCGUCACUGCCCCCUUUUCCGGCAAACAGCUGAACAGAUGCCGUCAAAGUUGCUAUCAGCAGCUUUCCAAGGACUGGCAUUAUUGUAAGGAUUCCGUUGAUUGCACAAACUGCUGCCAAAAGCUGAUGGCUCCCUUUGAACUGAGGAUACUGAAGGCCCAGCGCCAGGAGUCGCUCGUCCUUACGGACAUCGGCUGGGAUGAGAUGAUAGCGAACGCCUCGCGCCAAUGCCUGAUCACCUGGGAGGUGUCGGGCGGCGGCCUGAUCGGCAACCUGCUCACGGACACCGCCCGGGCGGAGCUGUCCUUGUGGCCGGACACUGUCUACAACAUCCAGGUCAAGUGCAAGCACAAGCUCACCGGCGUUAUGCGGCGUUCGAUCAAACUGAAUGUGGACACCAGCCAGCUGGUGGGCACGACAACGACCACGACCACCACUCCGAGCACUCCAAGUGGCCAGGAGCAACCAUCGCCGUCUGUGGACCAUCCAGAUGGCGUGGAGCAUUCGAAACGCGUUCACAGCCGACCCACGGAUCGGGUGUAUAUAAUCAGUGCCCUGCCCACGUCCAGCGAACUGGGCGGUGUGGUCUAUCCAGCUUUCGGGGCCCUGGCCUUUUUCCUGGCCCUGCUGGUCAUGUUCCUCUUCCUGCGUCCGCAGCGCAAGCGAAUCCCCCUGGACGCGGACAGUGCGGACACGGCCACGUUGAUAGGUCGGUCCUCGGGCUCUUCCAGGAACUCUCUGGACGCCUCCACGCUGCAUGUCUAAGGAGGAGGAGGCGGCGAAUCGAAUCCGGAGAACUUGUAGUCGUAUAUAUAUAUAUAGAUGUCUGACUAUGUGAUAUUCUGCACCCCAAAAAGCGAAGGACGCGAAAACAACUGUGUACAUACCCCCCCAUCCCCAAUACCAACCAUACCAACGCGUUAGUUAGCCCCAUACCCAAGAUAAAGACACUGGAUUGCGGUUCGAUUUAAUGAUGAUUAUGAUGGAUCCGAUCGAACCGAAUCCAAUCGAAUUGGAAAAUCAAGCAACGUUCGCUCAACUAAGUUUAAGUUUUAUCCUCUGCCAUUCGUAGAUCCCAAUGCCAAACCAGCGCAGUCAUAUAUACACGCAUGAUUAACAUACAUAGCUCUAUAUACAUACAUACAUAUACCAACUAUAUUAUACAUUUAACGCAUUUACUAUAUACAUAUAUAUCAUAGUUAUACAAGCAGAAGCAGAUAAAAAGAUACAAGUGCAGAUCAAGAUAAAGAUACAGAUACGUUUACGGUUACGGUUACGGAUAUAAAUAUAUAUUAUAUUAUAUUAUUAUAUUAUAUUAUAUAUAUUAUAUUAUAGACUAGGGGCCAGCGGCCAACCAACUACAUACACCAAACUAAAUGCAACAAAUUGCUACAAAUUUUUUGUCAAUCGUCGCCGCUCGCUUGCAAGCAUACAAACAAAUAACAAAAAAAAAGCAUUUGUUUUUAUCUCAGGUUAAAAACAAAUUAAAACCAAUUAAUACAAAUACAAAAUAUCAUGCAUCUCUUUUCCAUUUUUUGUCGUCUUUAAACUUAAAUGAAACAUAGUACAUAAAAGGAAAGCAAAACGUAAAAUGAGUAAGGAAUAACAACUUAACAAGAAAAAAACACUUAAAUCAAAAGUAAAUAUUUUUCAAAAUUUUUAAAUGUUUAUACCUAGACAACUCAAUUGAAUUAACAACAAAGUAAACUAUUAUAACAGACUUACUGUACUUGAGAAUGUAAAAGCAAAGUAACAAAGUAACUAACUAAAGUAAACUAUGGUUAAUACGGUUAAUUAAAGAUCUAAGCUGAGAAAACUUCGCUACGCAAAAUGCCUGUAAAUAUUUUAGCCCUAAUUUAUUUAUAUAUUUAAUGAUCCAUUGUUUUGUUAACCUAUGCUUUUAAGGAGGCCUCAGAUAUAUGAAUGGUUUUCCAGAGGGGAAGAAUAUGGUUUCUUAACUUCAAAGAACGUUUUUUUUUUUACAUAAUAAAGAACAAGUUAAUAUGAUUAAUGGAGUGUUCCUGCUUUUGAUGUUUCUAAUGUGUAAAAACGGAUGUUUUUAAUGUCUGCUCCAAUGGUUGUAGUAUGAAUUAGUGAAUUUUGAUAAAGUAUAUCAAAAUAAAUGCAUGUACUUUCACAUCCAUUUUAACAAAAACCCAACCAAUCUUCCCCCAAUGGAAUCUCUGGAGUGAGACCUUUGUAGAGUCAGAAACCAUUGCCAUAUAACAUAGUCCUAGUUUAAUUAUAGUUUAGAGAUCCGAUUGUGUUACCUCUUUUUUUUUUAGUGGCAGAGACUCGUUAAGACUAAAUACGGAAAAUGCCAAUCACAUUUUAGAUAUGUACUGUGUAUGAAUAAAUUCAGGACGAGGAGAAUGGAAGCGGAAGUGCGGUACCCUUUCAACAUUUAUCCUUUAUUCGUUUAUUAUGUAAAUAUAAUUUGAUUUGUUAUUGCAGCUCAUUUUUGGCUACUUUUAUUUGUUACGGGUUGGCAUGGGAAUCCACAUAUAUACAAUACAAUACAUACGGUGGUAACCCCUCUAUAAGCAAAAAACUAAGGCAUCGAUUUUUGCGGCCCCGUUCCUGUCUUCUUCUCGGUUCUCAGUUCUCUGUACUCUGUUUUUCCCGAUUUUUCCCCUGUCGUCGUCCUCCCACUUAUCAUAUAAAUUAGAGUUGGGAUAUGCAAAUGCAUUCAAGAUGGCAAGGGGGUGGGUUGAUUGUGUAAAGGGGUCGUGUCGAUUAUGAGAAACUUCUUUUGGCUAGAUGAAAUGGAAAAAUUCCUUUGCCGCAGCCGGAAAAGUAUUCUCUGAAGAAUUUCCGAUUAAACUUUUCCUUUCUUCAUCUCUUUGCCAAAAAAAACACAGAACUCUCUUUUUCGGCUUCAAAACUUUUUCGUUCGUCUCUCUGGGUAUUUUUCUUUUUGUUUUUUUAAUUCCUUGACUUUUUUAAAAAAAUUUAAUUUUUUUGUUGCCUUUUCUUAUUUUUGGAUUAGCAAAGGGGGUUGGCUUUGGUGGCCACUUGGCUGCCAUUAGAUCCGAAUCCCCUUAACCCUCGGUCCCCCUUUUUUUGUUCAGCUGUUGUUCGCUCGGCCACUUCAGCAUCCCCAACCCACUCUGUAUUCUGAAGCACUUUUUAUAAACCAAAUUAAAUUUAUAUGCCCCUACAGCACCCCCUCCCCCUUCUCCGCCUUCUCUUAACCCCUGCUCGCCGAUGUCUGUGUUGUUUUUUUGUGGGCCAAGCCAAUCCCAGGCUCUCGACGCUGUCAACUGCCAAUUAGCUGAGCAUUUUUCAACAUUUUAAAUUGUCUUCCCAGAGUGCGUGGUGCCCCUCCCCUUUUUCAGGGGCCUGAUGCAGGGGGGGGGGGGGAUAUUAGGUCUGGGCGACACUUGAGUGAGACGUCCAAGCGAUUUUGCUUUUAUAACCCCAAUACCCAUUAGGGACAAGGGCAUGUCCACUGAAAAUACCCUUUGGAAAAAGAGUGCAAGUGCAUGCUCUGUAUUAUCAUCAUCAACCUACAACGUAGGUGUUCAAGACCAGGCAAAGUCCAUUCUCCUUUUUUUUUUCAUAAAUAACAUUUUUAUUGAACCUAGUGUUGUGAGGGAUCACUGUACUUCAAACUCCAUUUCUUUAUUUCCAACUCAACUCAACUAAAAUCUUCCAAAUAAAUACAUAUAUAUAUAUAGAAUAUUCUUAGACAAAAAAAAGAAUACAACUAAGUGUGGACUGAAAAACGUGUUAAACUUUGAUUCCUUUAAAUGUACAUUUCAAUCUUUUCCUAUUUUUUAUAAAACUUAUUUCUGAAUGUUUUCAAAUAAAUGUAAAAAGAAAUAUCAAAAUAGGUGUAUGUAUUUAUAACCAAUACAAAUGUUAAUUGAUAACAAAUAAAACAUUUUGAACUUAGAAAACAAACAAACUUAACCAAAUAAACUUCUUCCUGAUAAGCUAAGCAUAUUUAUAAAAAAAUACCAAAUAUAUAAAAUGACAUAUGUACAUGUAAUAUUUUGUUAUUAUUUUUCCUUUACCUUUUUUCUAAUUUCAAAAUAAAGUGAAAGGAAAAUAAAGCAUGUUAAGAAAUAAAGAUAAGGAUAAAUCCUUAAUUAUGUUUGCAAUUCCUUAAACAAAAUUCAUUGUUUUCAUAAUACAAUUUGUGCCAUUGCAGUAAAUAUAAUAAUUUGUUUUGCUUUCUAACGUUUGCUUUAAAAAAAAAUGUGUAAUGAUUACAAUUAGUUAUAAGGAAAUUUCUUAUAAAUAUUAAGGAUACCAAGUUGUGGUUUUUUCUACAACUACAAAUCCACUUGGAACGCACUUGUUUCCAAUUAGGAGUACUCCUGGAACUGGAAUCCAGUUGAAUUUUCAAUUUCCAAUUGGCAUCGAAAAGAGGGGUAUCUUUGGUGCGAGAUGCGAUGUUUGUUUGCUGCUCUGUUUGUUUUAGUUGUUGCCUUGCGUUGCUUUUGUUGCUCGGCUGUCAGUUGUGCAGCGCGUGCUUCAUUUAUCAAAAAGCAAUUACAAUGUUAUUUCGAUAAAGAUGCUCCAAUGCUCCCAAUGGACACGCCCACACUCACACCCCCGCCCACACCCACACCCUAUGAUACACACACACACACAAACACACCACACACAAACAAACACAAAAGAAAUGAAUUUCAGCGGGAGAGAGGAAAAAAGAAGAGAGGGGCCCACCUGCCAAAUCCAAAUCAUUUGCCAAAUUCCGCCUCUCUCUCCCCUUAACCCUUAGCCGCGCCCCAAGCUCCCACCCCUAUCCCUUAACCCCUAACCUGGUCCACACCCCGUUUAGCUUUUUGAUUUUUAUUUUGUAAUAUAAAUUAUCAAGCAAACAAAAGUAAAAAAAAAACGACAACCUAAAAACGCUAAGAUAACAAGAGCAGCUACAGCUGUUGUCAAAAUAAUAGUAAUGGGCUUUGGCUAAACUUAACAAAUUGACUCUCGUUGUUUUGAAAAUCAAAAUAAUUUUAACAGUUUACCAUAAAUGGAAAAUGUACUGACAAAAUAAUAACAAUAUUUGCCAAUUAUUAAAAACGUACUUAAAACUUAUUAAAGACAUGUCACGAUACACAUUUUUUUCUAAGGACCACUACUACUAUUUUGACCUCGGCUGUACAUAUAUAGAGUACCUACAAACAUAUUGUAUUACAACACGAUGGAGAUGAAAAAAAAGCAGUAUAAAACAACAAAAAUUAUUAAUUCUAAGUAGACAAAAGAAAGAAGUGGACGAAGAUGAAGGAGAUGGAGAAGCAGAUGAAGCGCAAAGCAAACCAAAUAAAAUUAGACUA